AUGGAGAAAAAAGUAUCCGUAAAACACUCAAAAUUCAAAGUCGGUGAUCGUGUUCGUAUUGUUAAAAAGAAGAUAACCUCUGAAAAAGGAUACAUAACCAAUUGGACCGAAGAAGUUCUCCACAUCGUUGAAAUACAGAACACCAACCCGGUGACUUACAAGGUUAAAGACUGGAACGAGGAAGUUAUAGAGAAUUCCUUCUACGAACCACAGUUACAAAAGGCGUCUCAAGACGUGUUUCGUAUUGAGAAGGUGAUACAGAAGAAGGGUCGACGAGCGUUGGUCAUAUGGAAAGAAUAUCCCGAUGCGUUCAACAGUUGGGUGCCCAUAGACGACCUCACCACCCUUGGAUGA